GCAAAAAUGUCAAUUGAGAUAAUUGAUCUUACAAACACCCCUGACACCCCUCCAUCAAAACCCAUAUCUUCAUCCAAUGCAUCAAUGAUCCUUAACUUUGGUCCUGUUUCUGUCAACCCUAAUCUUCACCAACAUAUCCAUCACCACCAACACCAAACUACUUUGUUGGUACCAGUAGCUCCAACACACACCAAUGAGACCCCUCAAAUCGCUACCGGUUGGCCCCAACCCGGCGUUUUUCACAGCCGAGUUACAACGGUUCUUAAACCGUUACCUGAACCAAACACAUCCCAAUUGUCAAGUGAAAUCAGACUCGGAGUUCGUUGGAGUCAACUAGAGCAUGACUUAUUUCUGAUGGGACUGAUUGAGUAUGGAAAAGGGAGAUGGAGCAAAAUAGCUAAGCAUUUUGUAUGCAGCAAGACACCUCAACAAGUUCAAAACUAUGCUGCAAGCUUCUUCAAGCAUCUUCCACCAGCUUAUGUGCAUGGUUUUAAGAGAAGAAAACAAAUUUCAAAUCCCAAUAACUCUUUUUCUAAAAGAAAUAGAAAUUCAUCAAAUUAUUCAAUGCCUAAUAUGAUUCCUACAAAGCAAGCUCUCACUCUUUUACCAGCAACAGCUCCUUAUCAUCAAGUUGGAAAAUAUUAUGGAGGAGAAGCUAGCACUUCCAUGAUGAAUGAUGGUGCAAGCACUUCUAUGACUAUUAUGCCUAAUGCUACUUCUACUAAUGGAAAAGUUGAUUUGGAACUUCGUUUGGCUUUAUGUUAG